AUGGAGGAGGAAAGAAAAGAAAACCAGAGGGAACAGCUGGAUACUUCAACACUUCAAGGGAACUCACAGGAGAUGAGUCAAAAUGAGUCUGCCCUGCCAGCACCAGUACCCAAAAGUGAGCCCACGCACUCCUUCUCCUCUCUGUUACCAAAGGCUCUCUCAGCUGUACUACAUCCAACCCCAGGCCUCAAAUCCGACUCCCAGCCGAGCAGAAACCCAGCGAAACACGCUUCGACGAACCUGGAGCAACUGCAGACAGAGCUGAGAGACCUGAGGGAUCAGUUUGAACAGAUGAAGAGUCAGCACAACAAAGAGAUUAAACUGCUGAUGAAUGAGCUAGAUGAGGAGAAAAGGAUUCGCUUGACUUUACAGAUGGAGAUUCAACGUAUGAAGAAGCACAUGUCUAAAUGA